GCAUCCACCUCUCUCCGCCUCUACCUCCACCUCCACCUCGCAUGAAGAAAGCGAGGGUUCUGCUAAACCCCUCUUUCCUCCCCAGAGCCACCACUAUCUUCUCCUCUGCUUCUCCGACUCGCCUUCUCUCUCACCAGAUGGAGACGAAACCUUCGUCGGAUUCGUCGCGUUACUGUUAUGAUCCAGUGUUGCGAUGGGAUCCUCAAGUCGAAGACUACUUCAACAAAGCUUACGGAGCUGAUCACUUUGCUCGCAUCUCAAAGGCUCUCACGCGUCCAUCUUCCUACUCCUGCAUCCGAGUGAACACAGUUAAAACAACGAGUGAUGCUGUUAUUGAAAAGCUUAGGAAGAUCUUGAACGAAUCCGAGGAUGGCAGCUUGAAGCUGGUUCAAUCCGAUGGGAGCAGUCCCAUCUCCAGGUGUCAGAUUUCUGGUUUGGACUAUGUUGUUUUUGUCCAUGGUUCAGGCCCGCAUAGAAUUGAAUAUGGAUCUGGGCUUGAGAACCCUCCCAAGGAGGUGUUAGUGAGCAGAAAGUGUGCUGAAGCAGUGCUUAGAGGAGCUCAGGUUUAUGUCCCAGGUGUGCUGGCUUGUACUGCUCAUGUUGAGAAAGGAGAUGCAGUUGCUGUCUGUGUUGCUAUGGAACAACCUGGUGAUGAAGGUGAUUGGAGUGUUAAUAUGACUCGUGGGACCACUCUUCAGGGUCUACCAUCAGAUCCUUUCUAUUGUGAACGCAGUGGACUUUAUAUCGGCAUGGGAACAACUAUGCUGUCAAGGGCUGGCAUGUUUCGUGUUCCUCAUGGAGUUGCGGUGGAUUUGAGCAAUAGAGUUUUCAGAUUGCCUUCUUUUCAUAAUGUUCUCGAGGGGGAGAUAUUUCUUCAAAACCUGCCAAGUAUUGUUGCUGCUCACGCUCUUGAUCCUCAGAAAGGGGAGAGAAUAUUAGAUAUGUGUGCAGCACCAGGAGGGAAGACUACUGCCAUUGCUAUACUUAUGAAUGAUGAGGGAGAGAUAGUGGCAGCAGAUAGAUCUCAUAACAAGGUGCUGGAUGUCCAGAAAUUGUCUGCUGAGAUGGGCUUAAGUUGCAUAACUACAUGUAAACUGGAUGCACUGAAAUCUGUUUGUCUUCCAAACGCACUCAGUGAUUCAACAACAUUAGCUAACGGUGACAACAUUGGUUCUGUGACCAGCCAUUCCGAAUUAUCAUCAAACGAAGAAAUGGCAUCUGGAAGAUCUGAGGCUGAGAAAUCAUGUGAGGAAACCAGCACUGAACAGCCAAAUGGAGGAGAUAAUGAUAGCCAAGCUGAAAUCAGGAAGAAUAAGGGAAGGCUGAGAAAUGGUCGGGGAAGAACUCAAUCCCAAGGUGGAAGGGCUGGAAAAUCACAAGGUUUCCCGCCUAAUAGUUUUGAUAGGGUCCUUUUAGAUGCUCCUUGUUCUGCUCUUGGCUUGAGACCUCGUCUUUUCGCUGGACUGGAGACUGUUAUAUCGUUGAGAAACCAUGGAAGGUACCAGCGGAAAAUGUUGGACCAGGCUGUUCAAUUGGUCCGCGUUGGUGGAAUUCUUGUAUACUCAACAUGCACAAUUAACCCUAGCGAGAACGAGGCGGUGGUUCGCUAUGCUCUGGAUAAAUACAAAUUUCUUUCUUUAGCACCACAGCAUCCUAGGAUUGGAGGCCUUGGUCUAGUUGGUCGAUGUGAAUUCCCUGAUGGAUACGUCGAGGAGUGGUUGAAACCGGGUGAAGAAGAAAUGGUUCAGAAGUUCGACCCGUCAUCUGAGCUCGAUACCAUCGGCUUCUUUAUAGCUAAGUUCAGCGUCGGCCCCAAGGAUUAAAGUUCUCAAAAUGCUGAUUUCUGAUCAAAAAGAUUUUUAGUUUAUACUUUGAUUGAUACAUUUUUGUAUUCAUAUUUUUGAAACUAACAACUUAAUUGUCAUCAUCAUAGGGGAUGUAUCAUCAAAAAAACAUCUCACUCUUUACUCUCAAGGAUUUCAGAACCGGGGGCAAUUGUGCCGGUUGGAGAUGGGAUGGUAUAGACUGUCUACCGGUUAAGAGCACUUACCUAGAGGUCACAAGUGAUAUACCUUUCUGACAUUGUCAUCGGGGAUGUAGCUCAGAUGGUAGAGCGCUCGCUUAGCAUGCGAGAGGUACGGGGAUCGAUACCCCGCAUCUCCAUUUUUUCCCUUUUUUUUUAUGUUCCACCUUUUAUUGGCCGCCUGUUUAUCUGUUUCAUGUGUUUCGCCCAUAUGGAAAUGUGGACAUGUAUUAUUACUUGCAUUUUCGUUUUAAGUUUCCGUGAAAAAUAUUUUUUCCAUACA